AUGCAAAGCCCUAGACAUUCCUCUUUUACUAUCUCUUUUCUACUAUAUGUAUGUGUCUAUGGUUACCAGGGAUUAGCUAUCGCCACACGAAUACAAUUUGGUAAUCUGGCGAAACGUGAUCCCGACCCUGCUCCUGAACUAACUAACGCAGAGCACGAUGUGAUUAAGAGACCCAUCGCUAGUUACUUUGUAUGUUCUGACCCUGAUGAGUCAACCUUAAGUUUGGCUGAUUUAGAUAGCACUUACAGUGCUCCUGCUACAGUUUCAGUCCCCAAUUUGAGAGGCGAUGACCUUUCCUUGCUAGAACGACUUCAACGGAAGCGUCGGUUUAAAGUCAUAAAUGUGGGAAGUUCAUCCACUCCCAAAUCCGAACCAUCGUCCGAUGUAGAUGUCAGGGGACAAGCCUAG